UCCCAGAAUGCCUUGCAGCUUUGGCAGCAUUUCUUGUCGACGUGGGAAAGGGAGGCACUCGGACACAAACAAACGUCCACGGGUUUGAUGUUGUGCUACUUUACAGCUAACUGUGACAUGACAUGUGGAUUUGAUAGAUAACUCCAUGACAUUUCAAACAUGUGGCUUAAACCUGAUGAGAAUCUGCUGAAAAACGCGUUUAAAUUAUGGGUCACUGAAGAGGAUAACGAGUAUUUCGUACUGCAAAGGAGACGGGGCUACGGAGAAGGUGGAGGCGGUUUGACAGGCCUUCUUGUGGGAACUGUGGAUACUGUGUUGACUCCACAUGAAAAGGAGCUCCCUACCAGAUUCUACACUCACAAGUGUGUUGGUCAAUAGCAUGCGUGUCACCGAAGAGGAGAUUGUGCAGCACUGGGAUUGGCUGCAGCAGAACAUCAUGAGGACGCUGUCUGUGUCUGACUCCAGUGAAGACAUCACCAGCUUUGUACAGGGCGACAUUAUAGUAGAACCUUUGUUUUACGGAGAACAUCCCACACAGUUAAUAUGUCUACAUGGUAAUCUCUCGGCAGGCUGACUGUUAUUACAAUGCUAUAAAAUACUGUAUGUGAUAAACAUUACUCUCCUGUCAAUGACUUACACCUGAUUAUAUAGAGUCAUUUUUCCACUUGGCAGAUAAGUAAAUGAGGGUUCGUCACCUACAGCAACACGUCUUUUCCAUUGUGUAUAUAAAGAUAUUCAUUUUAGCUAUUUUAAGGAAGAUGAUGCAAUGUUCUCGUGUCACCCUCGGUCUGCAAUAAGCCUUGAUGUUUACUGUGUUCGGGUCUUAUCGCUGAGGAAGGGAAGACGUCCCUGGUGCUGGAGGAAGAUCCCCAGAAGUUCUGAGAAGCACUUUUUAAGUUUGAGAAGUGGUUUGAGCUGCCACCGAAGGAAAAGCUGGUCACAUAUUACUCAUGCAGCUACUGGAGAGGCAAAGUGCCCUGCCAGGGCUGGCUCUACCUCAGCACAAACUUCAUGUGCUUCUAUUCAUACCUGCUGGGAUCUGAGGUGAAACUGAUCAUCUCCUGGGAUGAGAUCUGGAAGCUGGAGAAAACCUCCAAUGUUAUCCUGACUGAGAGCAUCCAUGUCAUGGCUCACGGGGAGGAUCACUACUUCUCCAUGCUGCUGCACAUUAAUGAAACGUUUGUUAUCAUGGAACAGCUGGCUGACUACUCCAUCAAGCGGCUUUUUGAUAAAGAGGCCUUCCAGAGAGAGCCAGCGCUCUCCGAUCCCCUGCAAAUUACCAAGAGAGGCCUGGAAGCUCAUGCAAAGAGUGAGCAGUUCCGGACAUUUUUCCGUCUUCCCAAAGAGGAAAACCUGUUAGAGGUGCAUGAGACCUUCCUGUGGGUGCCCUUCAGCCAUUUUAACACACUUGGCAAGAUCUGUCUGUCUGAGCGCUACCUGUGUUUUGCCAGCCAAGACGGAAGCCAAUGCCAUAUCAUCAUUCCAAUGAGAGAGGUCAUAAACGUUGAGAAGCCAGACUCCAGCAGCAGAGCUUUAACAGUGUGUGUGCGUGGCAAGAGGGCGCUUCGUUUCUCCGAGGUGCGGGACUACCAGCGGCUUGCCAACACGCUCCGUAGCAGGUGUGGGAUUAGUGCCAGCCCUCAGCACUCUGCAUCAACAGAGGUCAUACGAGGUGAGUGCCAGUCGCUCAUCAACCACUUUGAGGACAACCCAGACGACGUAACUCUGAUGGUGGGACAGAAAGACAGCAGCAAGGCUGUAAGCACUGAGGCGCUCAUGACGGUUUUCCACCCCCAGGAUGUUGAAAACCUUGACCCCAAAAUGCUUAAAGAAAAGAUGAAGGAACAGUCUUGGAACAUCCAUUUCUCUGAAUAUGGACGUGGCACGAGUAUGUUCUUCACCAUGAAGACGCGAGACUUGAUUGUUCGUGGUGUUCCUGAGGCCUUGAGAGGAGAGCUGUGGAUGCUUUUCUCAGGAGCUGUGAACGACAUGGCCACUCACCCCGGGUAUUACACUGAUCUGGUUGAACAGUCCCUGGGCACAAGCACUCUGGCUACAGAUGAGAUCGAGAGAGACUUGCACCGCUCUCUGCCAGAGCACCCUGCCUUUCAGAGCGACACAGGAAUCUCAGCUCUACGCAGAGUCCUUACUGCCUAUGCAUACAGGAACCCUAAGAUUGGCUACUGCCAGGCCAUGAACAUUCUCACCUCAGUUCUCCUGCUCUACGCAAAAGAAGAGGAGGCUUUCUGGCUCUUAGUGGCCGUCUGUGAGAGGAUGUUGCCGGAUUACUUUAAUCGGCGAAUUAUUGGUGCUUUGGUUGACCAGGCGGUGUUCGAGGACCUGAUUCGAGAAAACCUCCCCCAGUUGGUGGAGCACAUGACAGACCUGAGUUUCUUCUCCUCCGUGUCCUUGUCCUGGUUCCUCACUCUCUUCAUCAGUGUCCUGCCCAUAGAGAGCGCAGUGAACGUUGUGGACUGCUUUUUCUAUGACGGCAUAAAAGCCAUUCUGCAGCUCGGACUGGCGGUGCUGGACUACAACAUGGAGGCUCUGAUCAGCUGCCAUGACGACGCAGAGGCCGUCACCAUCCUCAACAAAUUCUUCGACAGUGUGACAAACAAAGACAGUCCGUUGCCUCCAACGGUGCAGCAAGCUUUAGUGGGCAAUAACGAUAAAGAAUCCCACUUCAAUGUGGACAUUAGUGAACUUAUCCGAGACGCAUACGAGAAAUAUGGAAAUAUCCGUUCAGAGGAAGUUGAGAGUUCACGGAAAAGAAACAAACUGCAUGUGAUCCAGACACUGGAGGACACAACCAAACAAAAUGUGAUUCGGGUGGUGACCCAAGAAGUCAGAUUUGGUGCCUCGCAUCUUGACGAGCUUUAUAACUUGUUCAAAAGGCAGCAUUUCCUCUGCUGCUACUGGACAAUGAAGAGUCCAGCUCUGCUGCAUCAUGACCCCAGCCUGGCCUAUUUGGAGCAGUACCAGUUGGGAUUCCAACAGUUCACCGUGCUCUUCUACCUGCUGGAGCCCUGGACUUUCUGCAACCCCAAGAGCACCCUGUCGCUCUGGGUCUUCCGCCUGAUAGAUGAGAACCAGGACGGUCUUGUCAACUUUAAAGAGUUCUGCUAUGCCCUUGAUACUCUGUACAGUGGAUCGUUCACAAAUAAGCUGAAAUUCCUCUUCAAGCUGCACCUGCCACCGGCUUUCACAGGUAGUCCUUUGCACUUAAAGGAACAAAGAAACCAGCACUUAAUUCCAGUGACUGAAGACUCUUCUCACUUGAGUAGACUCGCUGCAUUUGAUCUUCCUGAAGAUGGUGUGAUAAGGAAAACUCCUGAAAGAGGAAGAGGCAAAGUAGAUUUGCAGGCGUACCUGAAACAAUGGCAAAAUGAAAUUCUUAAGAAAGAGGAAACCAUCAAAGACCUACCCCGGAUAAAUCAGUCUCAGUUCAUCCAGUUCUCUAAGACCCUGUACAACAUAUUUCAUGGCGAUCCAGAGGAGGAGUCUCUGUACCGAGCCGUGGCCCAUGUGACCAGCCUUCUCCUGAGAAUGGAAGAGGUGGGACGGAGGCUGCAGGAGCCGAGCAGCCCGUCCGAGUCGACGAAGCCUGCUGCUGCUGCGGGGCCUUCAACAGAAGAAGCUUCUACGACACCGGAGAGCUCCGACACCUGUAGCUCCCACAACAGUCAGGAUGUGGAGGUGGAUUGGUCGUUUUCGUUCGAGCAGGUCCUGGCUUCUCUGCUCAACGAACCGACCAUUGUCAGCUUCUUUGAAAGGCCCGUAGACGUACAUACUAAACUGGGACAAGCUAGGGUUGCCCAGCUCAAGCUAAAGGCAAAUAAGUGAAAAGAUGCAUAAGUGAAUUGAUACUUUGCUUCUGAUUCAAACCCAGACGUCACCAUGCAUUUCCUUUCUCCUCUUUGGAUAGGGCAGCAGGUUUUUGGCGAGGCAGAGAAUACUGCUAAAGUAGUAUCAUAAAUGUAGAGAAGACGUCAGUCAGAUUUUAAAAUCCUGUGUGGGGGGGGGGGCUUGGAUAUUCAGGAAGAUGAUGAUCAGGAAUGAAACAAACUGACCAUCACCUCUAGUGCAUUUCUAUGUUGGGCCUCGUUCCUCAAAACUGAUUAUGCAUUUUCAACCGCCGUGAUGGAAUUCAUUCUCUCAUGUAGCCUCAGAUUCUUCGGCUUUAAUGAAAGUUUAGUUUAACAUACACCCCCCCCCUCCCAUAUGCCAUGGAUCACAUACAGUAUAGUUUUGUAUUGUGUAAGGGUUAUUCAGUACUUUUCCCUGAGUGUAGCUAAAUUAACAGAAGAGUUUGUCCUCCCCAUUCGUCUCUGAUGUCAUGCUGACGUCCAACUAUCGCUUUAACAGAUGACUUCGACAGGGUGACUGAUUGUCCACAGCAAGAUUCUCCCUCGGGAUAUAUUUUUCUCUUUUAAGAUUUACUAAUUACUGUGGUAGUGUAAAAACAAACAGUAAGUGCUAACGAGUCCUGUGACUUCAUUGUCUCUUGUUCUUAGGCAACGUUAGUGUUUUUCUGUAAAUGUCAACUUAUUGCGAUAAACAAAAGCUUUCCCGUUGAAGAGAGAAUAAACAGCAGUACAGUCGCUGGAAGCCACGCGUUGAUUUCAAAGAUUAUCUGAAUUGAGGAUGUCAGAUGCAAUUCAUUGAGAGCAUGAAAGAUUAAAUUAUGGUAUUAUAGAUUUGCAAUAAUACACAGGAGAGGAUGCCACACUCAUCUGUCUCGCUCCUCCAACAGCAGCACAUGCAGUGACACUAUUACAGCAUGACAUGCUGGGGACUAUGGUCUGUGAAGGUAAAAUAAGAUUCAAUUCCACAGUGCUGCUGCAGGGAAAUCUUCUGCAUCCACUUCUGAAAAUGUGCCGUGUGUGAUUAUCAAUGCGAUUGGUUGUUGUACUGUUUGCUUAUGUCCGUCUUAAUGUAGGAUGUUAUGCUCUAGUAUAAGUGCAGAGUUUUGUACUUAAGGAUCAGUUCUUGUAUUUAUGAGGCUUGUGUUGACAAUGUAAGAUAUGAGCUAGUGGACUGUUGUGAUCAAUUUGUUUUAUUAACUCUCAGGGUGCAAUUUGUGUAAAAUAAAAGGGAGAAAAGGGAUAUUUUUUCAUCCUGGGAUAUAUAAAAUAUAUGACUGAGUUAUAAAUAGCUUACAACUGUCUGUAACAAUAAAAUAUAGAGCAUGUGUAGCAUAUAUGCAGGACUCGCCACAUUAUGCUAAUGUUCAAUGAACUGCAAUUAUUUCUGCUCACUACAGAAAUCCAGAGCUGACUUACAGUAUUUUAAUUGUUUCCUUUUUUAUCUUUGCAUUUUCUUCUGUUUUGUUUUGGCUUCUAUCUCGGUGAAUCAUUUGCACAGUCGUUUGACAUUCACACGUUGUAGAUAUGCCUGUAUCUCGGACAGAAGAUACACUGGAAGGCACUGGAUUCCAAAAGGGUCAUAAACACUUCAGCUGCAGCAGCAUGUCAUCUCCAGGGGCCAAAUUCAUAGAGCUUUAUCUCUGCUUGUCCUGGGGGGGGGGGGGGAGAAAGAGUUUUUAGAAGUUCUUUAGGUGCAAUGCAAUUCUCUGUGUCCUAUAUUUGUAUUAUUUUGCUAUUUGCUAGGAACUCUUUUGUGGUUAUUUUUCCCCUAAGAGUUCAGGACUAAUCUGAAAUGUACUUCAUUGUGUACUUAGUUGGUUAAUUGAUAUAGAUUGUUGAAGUGAGUUGCACAUACUCAUUUACAAACUGUUUACAUGACUAAUGUAAAAAGAAAAGUAUCAAAAUACACCCAAUUCAUCUUUGAUAUGUUGUCGCUUCUUAAAUCCAAAGCUCUAUCUGUUCCCCGGCAGUUUCAUGCUGCAUUUGUAACAUAUCCAAACUUCAAGAAAUGAUAAGAUGUAUUUAACAACCUCUUAUCAAAGUGGUUCUGUGAGGCUUCUGAGCUUCUCAUUUCAGUGUAUUGCUUAAAUGUAUUUGUGAUCAUAUCUUUCAAGAUUAGAAAUCAUACAAAAAAGUUUGCUCUCAAGAACGUCUUUGUUGGUCUUUAUGGAAGAAAUGUCGAACAGUGGUUAAGACAAAACAAACCUCCUGAUGUUCAGUAAUUUCCUAACUACUUCUUUUGACUUUUGGAAAAUGGCACUUAAGAUUAUUUUUUUUUUUUUAUAUCCCAAAAAUAGUUUGUUUCCGCUUGGUGGAGAAAUAAAUGAAAGGAGAUGAAUUUUGGAACAGAUGAAGGAAAAUCAGGCGUUUGGAAAUCUUCAUCUGCUUGGCAUGCUGACAGAUUUGCCAUUAAGCAUCAGAGUCAUAAUGCUCCAGCUCCUGCAUUAGUAUAUGAUCAAUCAACUCCUUAUAAGUGUAGUCUGCAGCUUUUAUAGUCUACAGCUUUUUAUAGUCUGUAGCUUUUGAUUGAAAUCUUGUUUUGCAAAAAUGUGACGCACAAAUUUUUUUUUUUACUUGCUUGAUUAUUUUUUAUUAUCUCCAUUCAAAUGUACCAGAAUAAAGAGUGAUUAUUAUAUGAA